ACAACAACAACUAUAAACAAAACAACCAAUGAAUCCUUUCUAGUUUAGUUGCUUUUUAUAAUUAUCUAUUUUUAAUGAAUAAAGAAGCAUAAGCAAUAAAAAGGAACAAAAAAACGUGUUCUUGUCCCUUCUAAUUAAGUAAAUCGGGCAAAUUGAGCGUAUUCCUUCCCUUAUUUCCGGAUAAAAUUGCCAGUUUUAGAAGUGAUAUGUCGACAUACAUUAUGGCCUUACAUCUCAAUUCAUAUAUUAACACAAACCACAGUAGUCACAACGGCAACAAUACAAAUAAUAUUAACAAAAAUGUUGGUCUUCCCCUGACGAUAAUACCGCUCACCGAAGAUGUCCUCCAGCGGCAACAGGCUUCGGUAAGAACGGUAAUUAAAAAGAAUACACCGGAUCUUACAUUUCAUUGUAUGUGUUGUGAGGAGUAUUUUGUUAAUCCCUUUCAUAUGUAUGAACAUUUGAAUACCAAACAUGCUGACUUACCUGUACCACAAGAAGAAUCAGAAGAAGAACUAGAGGAUGGUAAAGAUUACAGUUGGGUUUUUGAGCCCGUAUGUGAGCUAGUGGCCGAGGAUAGCGGCCAGGGACAGGAGGAUCAAGAUCGAAAGAAAACGCAAGCAAACAAUGUGGAGGCGGAGAACGAUGAUGAUUCUUCAUCAUCAUCGGAUUCAGAUUCGGAUGAUGAUGAUUCAAGUUCUACAACAUCGUCUUCAUCAUCUAGUUCCUCGUCCGAUUCCAGUUCAGAUUCAAAUCCAACUCAAGAUGAGACCACAAGAGAUGCCCCGGAGCUGCAACAAUUCAAUGUGGAUGAAGAACAGACCACAAUGGAAGGUAUCGAAGAGGGGGCCUAUGAAGAAGUUGAAGCCGAGUCUCAAUACUCAUCCAAUUCGCAAAGUGGUACAUUUAAUGGUCUACACCUUCAGACAGGCGAUUCUAGGGAGUCUACUUCCAUAUUACUUUUAAAUCCUGCCGCAAAUACAACCAUAACUCCGGUAAUGCCGACUGUGAAAAGAGGACGGGGACGUAGGAGUGCUGCCCAGCAGGCUGCCAUAGAAAUGUCUUCCCUGAUUAGUGGUGAGCCCAAAUGCUUCCAAUGUAGCCACUGUGAGGCAUCGUUUCCCAGUGCUGGUGAUUUAUCUAAGCAUGUUCGCUGUCACAUUAGCAACAAGCCUUUCCAGUGUUCCAUUUGUGAGAAAACUUUCACGCACAUUGGCAGUUUAAACACCCACAUACGUAUCCACAGUGGUGAAAAACCAUAUAAAUGUGAACUAUGCUCCAAGGCCUUUACCCAGUCCAGCAGUCUUAUGGUCCAUGUUCGUUCGCACUCCAUUAAAAAACCCCAUCAAUGUCAUUUGUGUGAUAAGGGCUUUGUGAACUCCACAUCGUUGGCCAUACAUUUGAAAAGUCACAGCACCGGAGAAGCGCCACUCAGUUGCAACGAAUGCGACAAGACUUUUAAACAUGAAUCUCAAUUAAAGGAACAUAUGCGCAUGCAUAGCCUAUCGCUGGUCUAUCAAUGUUCCAUAUGUCGUCAAGCCUUUGCCACCUCAUCGGAGCUGGUACAACACAUGAAAUGCCACAUGGGUGAGAAGCCGUUUACAUGUUCCAUUUGUGACCGUUCAUUUACUCAAUCGGGCAGUCUCAACAUUCACAUGCGCAUCCACACCGGAGAGAAACCUUUCGUUUGUAAAUUUUGUAAUAAAUCCUUUACCCAAGCUUCCAGUUUAAGUGUCCAUCUAAAAAUACACUCUGGGGAGAAACCAUUCCCCUGUCACAUUUGUGGUAAAUCUUACAGUCAAGCAGCCUAUCUGAAUAAACACAUUCAAAAGCAUUUGGAUGCACAGAAAGGAGGGCCAGAAAUAAAAACAGAACCCAAAGAAACAUUGUUGUGUAUAGUGUGCGGCGAACUUCAUAAGGACUCCAAUUCGUUGGCUUUGCAUGUUACCAGGAAACAUGCGGCUUUGUUGAAUAACAUGCGUGAAACGGAAAAUGUCGAAAUUAGCGAAGAAGAACGUAGAAGACAGGAAGAAAUGUAUAUGCAACAAAUACAGGCCUUGAUGUUGUUGCAACAGCAGCAACAACAACUGAUGAUGAGACCUGCGGAACAGAUUCACAAUCCAUCGACAAAUGUGGAAAAUAUGAAUGGAACGCAGGAGAUCCAUGAGGAAGAAGCCAAUGAAUCAGAAGAAGAAGAAGUGGAACAAAACCAACAAGAAUUAAGAAAUGAACAACAACAAGAAAAUGGGGAAACGGAAAUGCCAGAUGAAAACAACGGCCAGAAUUUAGAACACAUCAAUCAAAGUCAAACAAGUUCAAAUUAUAAUAGUGAUAAUGAAUCUAUCAAUCAUCAAGAGAACGAGUCCAACAAUGCGAAUCAAUUUUCAUACGAUAAUUUCAAUGAACAAUUAAAUUCCAAUGAAAAUAACAGUAUGGAACAAGAGACCUAUGAUGAAGAUGCUGCAUCAAAUUACGGUGGAUCAUCUGGAAGUGAACAGGAAAACAGAUCACCCGAACAACAAUACAAUGGACAAGAACAACCCCGCUACAAUGAUCAAGAAGAUCAAAAAAGCAACGAUUAUUUUCAAACCAAUACAAAUGGCCUUACAAUGGAGAACUUUUCAGAAACCGAGGAUGGCGAAGAGGAGGAGGAGGGAUACAGUGAAAAUGAAGAAAAUAAUGAUAUUCAGAAUCCCGUGACAUUUAAUAACAAUAAUCGUAAUGGUACACCAACAUUGUCCUUACCGGAGGGUCUUCAGAUGGACGCCGAAGAGGAGCACGAUGAUGACGACUUACAUCAAGAUAUUGAAAUGUCUGAAUAUCCAUUUAUUGAUGAUACAAAAUUUGAUUUUUACGAUGAUUAUGCGGCAGAGGAAGAAGUUGAAACCGAAGAAUCCACAAGACCACAUGCCAAUGAAACGAAAUUUUCCAGACAUUUCCAACCCGUAUAUGCUGGAUUGGGAGUCAAAUUGAGCUGUUUGAUAUCCUUGAGAUUUUUGAUGUGUUUAGCCACAUCGGGCAUUGUUUCCUUCUCCAACAAGCGUUCGAUAACAUUUUGUUUGGAAUACAAUCGUCCCAGGCCACACAUUACUAUUGGUUCCUGUAGUCGCUGCUGUGUUAUGAGAAAACGUAAAACAAAGUUGGAAAUAGUGUGUGCCCUUACCUGUUCUGGCUUCUUUUUGAGACGCACCAACUCAUCACGUCUUGGUAUAGUUCCACCAUCACAUCCCAUAUUGAAGUUUUUGAAUGUAUUUUUCACUCAAUGUCUAUGUUUCACACUGUUGCGGCGAGUUAACUCUUCUACUUAUACAUUUCGACGCCGCCUCGCCGAAAUCGUCCCACUUCGUUGUCUGCAUCCGUCUUUCGGCACAAUUUUAUUUAUUUACAAACAAAUUGAAAAAUACUUCGAAUAUUAUCACAAAAUGCCGGACCAUUUACAUUGGUCAUAUCCGGAUAUACCGGAACAAUUCAAUAAAAUUCUUUUUCAAGAUGACAAGAAGCUGGUGAUUGUUGGAGUUAUUGGAAAGUCAGCAUUUCCUGACUGCAAUAAAAUGGCAGCAUUGGACGUUUUAGGUUGUCAUCCAAGUACAAUAAAACAUGAUCCUCGAGAGGGACAAAUUCAAUUUUACUACAACCCUUUGGAAACGAUAUUAUAUUUACAUUUUGAAACUUCCUAUGAUUCUGCAUGUAUGCAAAAAAUGUUAUUGGAAGAUUUGGAAAAGCAACGAUUUGAAGAUUUCUUAACAUUCAACCAGAAGGUGCGUAGUCGUUUUGCUCGCAUGUUCCUGUUUGCCACGCAGGUUUGUCACUUGAUUGUUUUCGUGGAGUUGAGUGUUACGUUUGAUGCUUCAUUGUUGGGUGUCUUCAAGGCAUUGAAGAUUAUAAGAGAUCGCCAUGUGUUAAAAUUCUUUCCAAAACUGUUAAAGAAUUCCAAUACAGGCUUCAUCCUGGGCAAACCGGCUCGUCUUUGCUCACCCCGAGUUAUUUUCUUAUUUGAAAACUUACCCGAUGGCCAUGAGAAAACCAAAGAUGCAAUCUCAAAAUUUGAAUUCGAUGUUGAGGAUAAUAUUUACAAAAUGCUACGUAAUGAAUUUAUUGUGGUAAACAAUAGCAACAAUUCAUUGUUUUCAAUACCAGUCAAUCUACGCUUUGUCUAUUAUAAUUUAAAUGAGAAGCUACGAGAAGAUCCCUUAAUAAAAUCGGUAAAUUUGCUCCAAGAGCUGUUGCACAAGCCUACUUUUACACAGGAUGAUGAUGAGGAAGAAGAUUUACUUCCAUAUAAGGGAUUCGGAAAACCAUUGUCCUUUAACAAUGUAACCACAAAAACUGAAUCCUCCGAAGAUUUGUACAUUAAAAAUCGGAAAUUUAUAGAUUUACUCAAGGAUCAUGUAGAACAGGCCUUUAAAACGGGAUUCAAUGACAACCUUACCAAAUUCAAAGGAAAACAUCACUUUGUGCUUUUAAAUUUUAAAUCAUGGUAUGAAAUAUUCAAAAUGUUGCAUAAACUAUUUAUUGAGAAUCCUGAUAAUGCUGAUUUUGAGGCUAAUGAUCCAGAUUAUAAAGCUUAUUUGGAAAAUUUCGAUAAAAUAUUGAACUAUGAUAGCGAAUUUUUCAAAGCCUGCUGUGAUAUUGGCCUGCAAAAAGCAUUUGCAAUGUAUAAUAACCCAACUUUAACCUACUACAGUGCGACGGUGCACAAAAAACUGGUCGAGGAAGCCGUUGCUUUAUAUAUGAAAUAUGCCCGAGGCUCUGAUAAAACUACAAAUGAAUUAAAGCUACGAGAAAUGUGCGAAUCCUGCUGGAGGAAUGGAAAAGAACAGUGUGAAUAUCCAAGUUUAAGAGGGAAUCCCUGUGCCAGACCCAAACACAUUGCCAAAGAUCCCACAGAGCAUUCUAGUGGCUUGAUAUUUAUAUCGGCUUGUAAUUGUGGCAAAAUCCAGGGACGACGUGAAGACCCCUACAGCACAAGGCAUGCUAAUUAUGAAUUUUAUGAAUAUAUGGCCAGCAAUUGUAAUUUAUGUGCCAAAGUGAAACGCAUCAACUUUGCGGUGUUUGAACCAUCCAUUAACGACUACCGGGCUGCUGAAUUUGAACGGGGAUUUCCAAAAUUACCCAUGCGUAAAAAUACAGACAUGGAUGAACAUUCGAUACAUAGUUAUUCCGAUGAAGAACAAUUCCCCAUAAAUAAUUCCCAACCAUUGGCCGCUUCCCAGCGUACCCUCACCAAUCUUAGUCUCUCGACAUCAAUGGAUAAAAUGAACAAAAUCGAUAAAGAUCAGGAUAAUGAAGAUGACGAUGAUGAAGAAAAUAGUUCGGAUGAAUCGGUAAAUGAACUUAUUUUAAAGGUGAAAGAAAACGAUGCCAUCACCGAAGAAACAACAGAACGCACAAUAUAUCGUCAACCUUCCACUACAGAAUAUUUACCCGGUAUGAUGCAUACUCAAAGUCCGAUUGGCUUAUUACCACAAUUUCCCAGUUGGUCAUUGUGUUGUGUUGGUGCCAGUUCGGUCUACAGUCACAAUCAUGGACUUCAGGAACAUUUCCAAUCUGGAUUUUUAUCUGGUUCCAAUUUUCUCCUGCCCUGGGAUGUUCAAGUACGCCUGGAACAUUCAGCCCAAUGGGCGUAUGAAAAAACACGCUAUCGUAAAAUGGGUGAAGUUUUUGUUUUGAAAAUUUUCGUUGGAUUCGAAUAUGAAUGUCCGAGGGGACAUCGUUUUAUGAUGUCAGCUCCGGAUAAAAUUCUAAGGGGAGGUUCAGGUAUUUUACGAGACAGUGGAAGCAAGGUAGUCUACAAUAAUAUGCCCCUAUAUUUCCCAUGUCCCUGUCGGACGAAAAAAUUCGAUGUUGCCCAACUGAUGCGCAUUCAUGUUGUCACGCCAAAGGCUCCUGUGAAUGUUUCCUUGGAUCCCAAAGUUCGUACCGGUGAUGGAGAUUAUGUUUUUGUCUUGGGCUGUGAGCCCAAAUUGACACAAAGUGCAUACUGGAUGUUACGUCUUCCCUAUAUAUACGAAGGCGAUGAUGGCCCGAUACCAACGCCAACGGAAAUUACAGCCGCCAAUGCUCUGAACUAUGGUUGUUUAAUGGCAGGUAUGUUUGGAGUAAGUGAAGUUGAGGCUGAUGAAUAAUGAUGAUGGACUUAUUUUGUAGUUAAAGAUUGAGAUUUUGUUAUAAAUUAAGAAUAAAUAUUAUAUAAACUAAAAUUGAUUCAAAAAUACAGAAAUACAUCAAUUUUUGGACUGAGUCCAAAAUUAGAUACAAUAUUUAU